AUGAGACCCUCCAUUAGUGUGGCCACUGCUUUGGCUAUCUUGUCUGCUGCGAUAGUAGAAGCAGCACCAGCACCAGCUGUGGUGACUGUUUAUGACACUGCUGUUCAAGCUGUGACGAGUACAGCUGCUCCAUUUGCUGCUCCGGUCCCUUCUGCAGUUGCUUCUCCAGUUGCUUCUUCAGUUCCAACUGCUGCCAGUUCGGGUUCUGGAUCUUCUCUUUGGAGCAGCAUUCUCAGCUUCUUUGACGGAGACAGUAGUUCCACCACCUCCUCCAACACUGCAUCUGCGUCGCUGUCUUCGGGUUCUAGUGGCUUUGGGGGAUUGUUGGGAUCGCUUUUGAGCAAUUCCAAAGUGAAGAGCUGGCUCUCUGAUUUUGGAUACACCUCAGGCUCAUCAUCGUCAUCAUCGUCCGCGGCUCCUGUUGCUUCAACCCAGCCUACCACAACCUCAGCGGUUCCAUUUUUCAGUGUUGCAUCGACAACUUCCACCAGUUCGACUUCCAGUUCCGCCUCAACCCUGUCUUCAGGUUCUGGCUCUGGUGGAAUCUACUCUGAAAUCGGUCCAUCUGGAGUCGAUGCCGACUUUGCCAAGCUGAUCUUGGAUAUCCAUAACAAGUACAGAGCAGCUCACGGCGCUGGUCCAUUAUCUUGGGACACCCUGGCUUACGAAUAUGCCCAAAAUAACGCUGACUCGUACGACUGUUCCGGAAUAUUGACUCACACCCAUGGACAAUUUGGUGAAAAUCUUGCUUGUGGUUUCAAAGAUGGACCUUCUGCUGUGACCGCUUGGUACGAUGAGGGACAAACAUACAACUAUCAAACUGCCAACGAGUAUAAUCAUUUUACUCAGGUUGUUUGGAAAGGAUCUACAAAAAUGGGAUGUGCCAUUAAGGACUGCUCAAAAGAACAAUUGGGGCCAUUACGUUGUUUGUGA